CCGCUCCCUCCCCUGCCCGCCUCUCCCGGCCCGGGGCCGCCGCAGGCUGCUCCCCCCGCUUCUCCCGGGACGGCCGCGCGGUGCCGCCGGGCACGGGGCCGCAGUGCUCGGUGGGGACGGCGGGGCCGUGGUGCCGGUGUCGGUCCGGGGCGGCAGUGCUCUGGCGGGCAGGGCCGCGCGGGGCGAGGCGGCCGCUGGGGCCCGGCCCCGCCGUCUGAGCCUUUAGAGGGAGGCUCAGGCUGGACGCGAGGGAAAGCUCCUGUAUGGAAAGGGCUGCACAGCCAACAUGUCUCGAGAGACUGGAAGUGAAGCACAGCAGUCUCAGGGUGCCCAGCAGCCACAGAGUGGUACCAGUUCUUCCAGUGGGUCACAGAGCACUAGUCAGUCUUCCUUAAGUUCUGGGACUCUCAGUUCCUUGGACACUGUUCCCACUCAGGAGCUUCCGUCCAUCCCUGAGGACCAGGAAUCUGAAGAGCUGGUUCCUCAGCCUUGGGGUCGACUCUUUGCACUUGGAAAAGGUUUCAGCAACUGUGACUGUGUCAAUGAGGAGUACUGGUUUGGGAGGGACAAAAGCUGUGAUUACAGUUUUUCUAAGCUGGGAUUGUCUGAGACUGGCUUCUACCAAAACUAUAGCAAGAAGCACUUCCGAAUUUUCAGGGAAAUGGGUCCAAAAAAUUCCUUUGUUGCCUACAUUGAAGACCACAGUGCAAAUGGGACAUUUGUUAAUAGAGAGCUCGUUGGAAGAGGGAGGAGGCUUCCACUGACACACAACUCUGAAAUUGCUUUGUCUGUACAUACCAAUAAAGUGUUUGUAUUUUCUGAUCUUAUGGUGGAUGAUCAGAUGACGUUUCCUAAAGAAUUCAGAGAGAAAUAUAUCAUGUCAAAGACUUUGGGAAGUGGUGCCUGUGGAGAAGUCAAACUGGCAUUUGAGAAGAGCACCUGUAACAAAGUUGCAGUGAAAAUCAUCAAUAAACGGAACUUUGUGGCAAGUGGCCUGAGUGAUGAAAACCCAGGUUUAAAUAUCAAUACAGAAAUUGAAAUUUUGAAGAAAAUAGAUCAUCCUUGCUUAAUCAAGAUUAAAAAUUUCUUUGAAGCAGAGGAUUACUACAUUGUUUUGGAACUGAUGGAAGGAGGAGAAUUGUAUGACAGAGUAUCAAGGCCAGUCAAGAUGAAAGAAGAUAUCUGCAAGUUGUACUUUUAUCAGAUGCUGCUGGCAGUAAAGUAUCUUCAUGACAAUGGAAUUAUACACCGAGAUCUAAAGCCAGAAAAUGUGCUACUUUCAUCUUCUGAAGAGAUAUGUAUUGUAAAGAUUACAGAUUUUGGACAAUCCAAGAUUCUUGGAGAAGCUUCUCUUAUGAAAACAUUAUGUGGUACUCCCAUGUAUCUUGCUCCUGAGGUUCUAAAUUCACUUGGGACUGCUGGAUACAGCCGAGCUGUGGACUGCUGGAGUUUAGGAGUUAUUCUUUUUGUAUGCUUGUGUGGAUAUCCACCAUUCAAUGAGCAAAAUACUCAGCUCUCUCUGAAGGAUCAAAUCACUCAUGGAAAAUACACAUUCAUUGCAAAAGAGUGGAAGCAUGUGUCAGACAUGGCUCUGGAUCUUGUGAAGAAGCUGUUAGUAGUGGAUCCAAGCAAACGUCUUACCACAGAAGAGGCCUUAGAGCAUCCUUGGCUUCAGGAUGAGGAUAUGAAAACUACAUUUGAACAGCUACUUGCUCAGACACGUACCAGUAUGAAUCCACCAGAAACAUCAAAAAUGCCAACCACAACGAGAAAGCGUCCCCAUGAGAAUGAGGAAGACAAUGGCUCUGCUAAGCGUGCUGUUCCUUCUACCUCCUAUCAGAAAGUGAGGUUAGGCAUGGAAAUAAUGCUUAGUCCUAACAGAUGAAGAAGGAAUACUAAACUUGCUGAGCUUUGCCUGAGACACAGCAUUACCUGACACAAUGCUGCCCACAGACUUCUGAGGACACUUA